AUGAACUCCAAUUUAGGGUUAGGAAUCCCUGUUAAUAGUCAGGGUUCCCCUAAUCGACUUCCAGGAAAUGUUAGUCGUCCUCUUACAAAAGGUAUAAAUGUCGGUAUGCCAUCGUGCAAUGUGAACAACGCUAAUGCUCAUCAACAACAACAACCACAACAACAGCAGCAACAGCAACAGCAACAGAUGCAACAGCAACAGCAACAGGCCUCCAUGUCUGGAGCACCAUCGGCCAAUGAACAGGUCCAGCAACGUUUAAUGAUGCAACAGAGGCUACGAAUGCAACAGCAACAGCAGCAGAACUUUGAGAAUCAGAUCUUUCAGCUCUUAACAACGCUUAAUAGGAAGCCAAAAAGGCUAUACCAGUUCACAGAGGAUGCGGAUGCUAUUCUUAAGAAAUACGAGCAAUUUAAGCCGAGUUUCGAGUUUCAUAUAUAUGAGAAUAACUAUAAGAUAUGUGCUCCGGCAAAUACUCGGCUUCAGCAACAUCAAAGAACCCCGCAGGGAACUAUUGAUGGACUUAUUCUGAAUAAGAAUAACGAGAUAUUAAAAGAGUUUUUAGAAUAUGUUGCUAGAGGCAUUAUUCCUGAGGCCAUUAUAGAGGUUUUACGGGACUGUAAUGUGCAGUUCUACGAGGGGUGUUUAAUCCUGCAGGUAUAUGACCAUACAAAUACAGUUGAUGUGAAGCAGGGUCAGCAGCAAACUAGUCAGCAACGCCAACAGCAGCAAUCUCCCAAUGCAUCUACAUCUGCUAAUGUUCCCUCACAGGUUAACCAACAGAGUGUUAAAUCUGAGACAGAUACUGGGCAACCACAACUCAGUACAGAUGGCUCUGCAAAGACCGUUAAUCCCACUAAGGAGCAGGUGAGCACACUUAAGCGUCCUAGGAUGUACAGAACAUUGUUAAAGCCGAACGAUCUCACGCGUUACUAUGAUAUGCUGUCAUGGGCUGACCAUACUAGAUUUUCUGAUUCUGUAUACCAACAACUGGAAGCUGAACUAUUAGCGAUAACUAAGCGUAACUUGCGACUGGAUACGCAUAUGAACCCGUUCACUCACUCUGAAAAGUUGCCUGACGACGAAUUCCUCCGGCCUACUGUGGAUGAGAAUUCUAUUAGUUAUCCUCAUCGUGAAUUAUGUCAAGCUGAAAAUACCAAAGGUAAAGUGGGUCAUGUAGAGUUACAUGAAGAACUCCCGCAGCAUUCAUCAGCAUAUGAGCAAAUGAUGAUGAUUAUGAAUGGCAGAACAACUACCACCACCAAUGCUACUUUGGCUGCUUCCUUGGCGAAACGAGCUGAGAUGAUGGGAACUGGUGGGAAUUCAGGUAAGGGUACAAGCGCUUCAGGUCUAGGAAGUAGCAUGUCAAGUAGCAACUCCGUUGCUGCUGCUGCCGUUGCGGCUGCUGCGGUGGUGGGUUCCACUGUGAAUAAUGAGAACAAUCAAUUCAGUAGACUGAAAUUCGUUGAGCAAUUCAGGUUGAACAAGGAAAAGAAGAAGCAACAAGCGAUGAACGCCUCAAUGAUGCCGAAUGGUUAUAACCAACGGAUAUCUAUGUCAGCGUCUUUGAAUCCGCAGCAAAUGAAACAGCAGACUUCAUCUGCAUUCCAGAAUGAUCAAGGAGCUGAAACAGGCAUGUCUACGAGCAUGGCUACUCCUACAAAUGGAAAGCGAAAUGGCGCUGCUGAUGGAGAAGAUAAAUCGAAACCGAAAAGACAAAGAAAAGUCUCAAAGAAAGCUACUGGAGACGCCAACUCUGGACCCAAAAAGAGAAUCACCAAGAAAAAGCAAGCCGCUGCUGCUGCCGCAGCAGCAGCAGCAAAUGCUGGAGGUGUAGAUCAUCAAAAAUAA